UAAAUACUGAGAGACAAGCGCAGUCAGUCUCAGUCACAGAUCAGAUCACUGAGAUCACCAUGAGGGUCUUUGCAGUGUUUCUCGUGCUGGCUGGCCUGGCUGGCUGCCAUUCAAGAAGUGUUCCUCAGGAAGACUUGAAGAGCCCCUGGGAGGUCACGGUCGCCAGGUUCAGCGAUUAUUAUGAGGAUCUGAACUCGAAAGCCGACGUCGUGGUGAAGGACGUCAAGAGCUCCGAGAUAGGCCGAGAACUGGACACCCUGAUCCAGGAGAGCAUGUCCGAGCUGGCCACAUACAGGGACGACCUGCAGACCAGGCUGGCUCCCUUAACUCAGGACGCUGCAGAGAAACUGGGCAGAGACCUGCAGAAGCUGUUUGACAAACUGGGCGAUCACAUGAGCGAGGCCCGGGAGCAGGCGGAGAAGUACACCGAAGAGCUGCAGGCCAUGAUGGAGCAGAACGCCGACGACGUCAGGGUCAGGGUCACCGCCUACACCCGCAAGAUGAAGAAACGCCUCAACAAGGACACGCAGGAGAUCAAGAGACGUGUUUCUGAAUUCUUCGAUGAGCUUGGGACCCGCAGCUCAAACAACAUGGAGGAACUGAGGCAGAAUUUUGACCCAUAUUUUACUCAGGUGCGUGACAACGCUCAGGCAAAGAUCACCACCCUGAAUGACCUGCUGAGGUUGCAGACGCAGAACAUGCAGGAGAAGAUUCAGACCACAGCCGAGGACAUCAAGGUGCGCUUUGAGAAAACUGCUGAAGACCUGCGCUCCACCCUGGAGGAGAAGCUGGGGGAGCUGAAGAACUGGUUUCAGCCUUUAGUCAAGCUGUUUGAGUGAUAAUGCUGCAAUUAAACAGUCCGGACCAUCUUGUUCAUCACUUUAUGUAUCCAAACCACCUCCUGAAAUUGUUUUAAAAGAUUCAUAAAGAAAAAUACUCAGCUGUUUUAUCACAAAUGUCCACCACAGUCUGAAUGUCUCAGUGUCACCGAAGGCCCCUCAAUAAAAACCAGCUGCUCACA